GACUGUUAAAUCAUCUGAGCAAAAGCCCGAAAAACAUGCUAGCUGCCAAAGAGAUAGGGCCUGAGACCAGUGAGGACCUCUUCUGGGCCCUGAAUAAAGUGUAUGACGUCCUUCAGAUUAUGCAAGUGGAAAAUGUUGGUGAUCCUCACUGGUCGUAUUGCAGCCGCUUUGUGUUCUAUUCACUGAGCCACAUUUCUAACCUGCUGGAGCAUGUGGAAGAAAAGGGCUUUUUCCUUGAUGAGGAUCUUCGGCAGGCACAGGGGACAGUCAUUGUUCUGCUGAAGAAGGCUGAAAUGGCGACUCUCCGGCACGCUUCCCAAAGCCCACCAUCUGUGCAAGUAGAGAAGAAGAAACAGGGUUGGUGGUUGCCUUGGUGGUUUCUUUUUAUUGGUUGGUUCCUACUUUUUGCCAUGAGUGGUUUUUCCACCUUCUUUACCCUGCUUUAUGGCUUCCAGUACGGAAGGGAGUCUUCCAUACAGUGGGUCAUCACUCUUACAUUAUCUCUUGUCCAAAGCAUCUUCAUCUUGCAGCCCCUUAAGGUGAUAUUUGUGGCAAUCUUUUUUGCCAUGAUCCUGAGGCCAGUAGCUGUGGAGAACAAUGAGGAGGUUGAACUGCUCCUGCAGGAGCAAAAGAAAAAAUGUGAGGAAUACGCUGGGAGGUCAAUAUCCUGAUUACAUCUCACCACAGACUCAAACUGUAACGGAAGAUGCUUGAUUUGAGAAGUCACCAAACUCACCCAAUUUUAUUCUAGAUUUUGGUGUUGGGAACAGAGCAUGUUAUUUUCAUGUCCAUGUUCAUGUCUCUUGCAGAUUAUAAUAUUAUAAUCUAUCAUUUUUGUAGGCAGACUUUAUUUUUCAUGUUAAUAUUGGAGUAACAAUUCUUGUGUACAGAACUUUGUAUAAAAAUCUAGCAAAAUAUAUUGUCUAAGUUGUUUAGUCUAUACUGUCACAAUAAUAAUGGUGUAUUUAACACACACAAGUUUUCUUUACUUUUUGUUUUUCUGAUCAAAUCUAAUAGAUGAUGCCAAUAAUGACACUUGAAAAUAACAUCUGUCAGCUGUCAUACUGUGAUUCACAAACGUACAAAACUUUUAUUUGAAAUUGAAAUUAUGGACUGACAAUACAUGAACAUAUCUACAUUUUGUUGGACAGUAUGAUUUUAGGCUUGGCCAUUUUUGCUUAAAUUAGCUACUAAAGGAGCAGAUUCUUAUACCACUCAAAUUUUGGUAAUUGUUCGAUAAAUAGUAAGCCUGUGUGUCUGCUGUAAUUGUUGGGCUUUGCUUACUGUCAUCUCAAUAUGAGGGAUAAUAGCUCAGUGUCAAUGUUGAAACGAUAUUACAUUUUUAAAAGACAUUGAUUAUUCACUAUUAUGUCUCAUUUUAAUCCAUGUAAUGUAUAAAUACUCUAUAAAAUGUAUUUUAGUAUACCUUCAAUAAAUAACUUAUUUUCCAGUGCAUUACAGUGUAUCAGUCAAAAUACAUUUGAUAUUUGAUGCAAUUAAGAUCAACAUAGUAGUGCAGUUUUCAAAUAUACACUACUGUAUAUUGACUUGAUGGUUUUGAGAGAAGUCUCUUAUGCUCACUAGGGAUGCAUUUUUGUAAAAUCAAAAAAUACCUUGUGAAUAACAGGAGUUAUAGCUGACAAUGCUUC